UUUUCUUCUCUCUUCUCCAAUUGGCCCGGUCUCCUCCGAUUCUCUCUCUCUCUCUGCACCUUCUACCGCGAAACAGAGAAAAAGCCGAGAAGGCCAGAGGAAGAGAGGGAAAUGGUUAUGUGGGUGUUUGGAUAUGGUUCUCUUAUAUGGAAAGCCGGUUUCAACUACGAUGAGCGCCUCGUUGGUUUCAUCAAGGGGUACCGCCGUGUCUUCUAUCAAGGAAGCACCGAUCACAGAGGAACAAUCGAUUAUCCAGGAAGAACAGUCACAUUGAUUCCUGCAGAUGGGGAAGUCUGUUGGGGAGCUGCCUACAAGAUUUCUAAGAAGGAAGAUAAAGAAACUGCAUUCACGUAUUUAGAAGUGAGAGAAAAACAGUAUGACAAAAAGGCUUAUCUUGACUUCUUCACUGAGCCUAAUGCAUCAACUCCAGCAAUUUCAGGAGUCAUGGUAUACAUAGCAUCUCCUGACAAGAAGCUCAACAAAAAUUAUCUAGGGCCAGCAUCUCUUGAAGAUAUUGCCAAUCAAAUUGUUAACGCCGAAGGCCCCUCUGGACCCAACAGAGACUACCUUUUCCAACUUGAAAAGGCUCUCGUUCAAUCGGGAUGUAAAGAUAAACAUGUUAUAGAUCUCGCUAAUGAAGUAAGGCGUAUUCUCUUGGAGAGAGAAAAUACUGGUUCAUGAUCCUACAGUUUACAGAAAAUUAGAUCAAGUUACCGUCAUACUAAGCCUCAGUUUAUUCCCCGAGGCAAUCUAUUGAAUCAUUAUCUUCUGAUGGAGAGUCCAUUUCACUAAGCCAACUUUUAGGUUAAUAGUUAUUGUCUCUGACCGGAAGGUAUACCUCUGAAUCUGGAGCUUGAGAAGGCUGAUUCUAUUGUUUAAGGUUGAAGAUCAUUGCAUUCUUAUGCCCUUACAUGGACCAACAUUUCUGGGCUGUAUCAAAACAAUGUAUUACCACCAUGAUUGGUGUUACCAAGGGUGCUUUAAUGCUACACCCCUUAAAAUACAUCCGAGGACUGUAAAACUCAAAAAAUAUUUUUUAUCUUUCAUUAAAAAAGUAAUAGGUGUAUACUGGAUGUUUUCUUUUAGAAGACAGUUUUAACGAAA